ACGCCAACGGACUUUCUUACAGACAGCGUACCUCAACCAACUCCCGUUUCUCUGUGCCUUACUUGGCAUUGUGCAACGCCAUGUUGCGAUUAUCUCUAGGGUCAGGCAAAAGCCGAGUGCCUGUGUUGCGGCAACCUACUACCUAUGGACGCUGGUUCAGAUCCAGUCCUUUACCUCAGUGGAACCAGUUUCGGAGAGCUGCAUCGACAGUGACUAACCUCGAGAGCUAUCCCGAUGCGGGAGAAAAGCUUCAUGGGUUUACCGUCCAGGAAAAGAAACACGUUCCAGAACUACAUCUCACUGCAAUCCGGUUAAAGCAUGACAAAACAGAUGCAGAUUACCUCCACGUGGCGAGGGAAGACAAAAACAAUGUCUUUGGAGUGGGUUUCAAAACAAAUCCUCCAGAUGCGACCGGCGUUCCUCAUAUAUUAGAACACACAACGCUAUGCGGUAGCGAAAAAUAUCCCGUCCGUGACCCUUUCUUCAAAAUGCUUCCACGAUCCCUGUCGAACUUUAUGAAUGCUUUUACCUCCGCCGACCAUACCACAUACCCAUUUGCAACAACGAAUCAACAAGAUUUUCAAAACCUUCUAUCGGUCUAUCUUGAUGCUACAUUGCAUCCGCUGCUCAAGGAAGAAGAUUUCAGGCAGGAAGGAUGGCGAUUAGGGCCGGAAGACCCGCGCGCCGGUGACGCCGAGAGUGGAAAACCAGAAGAUGUCUUGUUCAAAGGCGUUGUAUACAACGAAAUGAAGGGCCAGAUCUCAGACGCGAACUACCUUUAUUAUAUCAAGUAUCGAGAAAGCAUUCUCCCAGCGCUCAACAACUCUGGGGGAGAUCCUCAGUAUAUCACCGACUUGACACACAAGCAGCUGGUCGAAUUUUCGAAGCGGAACUACCACCCUAGUAACGCCAAAUUCUUGACCUACGGCGAUAUGCCUCUCAGUGCUCACUUGAAGCAAAUUGGUGGUGUAUUGGACGGCUUUAGCAAAGGAGAAGCCGACACUUCAGUCAAACUCCCCAUCGAUCUCAGCCGCGGGCCUUCGAAUGUGACUGUGCCUGGACCCAUUGAUACCUUCGCUGACGCAGACAAACAAUGUAAGACUUCCACGUCCUGGUAUCUAGGAGAUACAAGCGAUGUUGUCGAGACGUUCUCGGCCGGUAUUCUGUCCUCAUUGCUCCUAGAUGGCUACGGAUCACCGAUGUAUCGGGCAUUGAUCGAAAGUGGCUUGGGCUCGUCAUUCACUCCCAACACUGGACUUGAUACUUCCGGAAGAGUGCCCAUCUUCUCUGCUGGUGUUACUGGUGUUAGCGAGGAGCAAGCACCAAAGGUCAAAGAAGCCAUUCGAAAGGUCUAUCAGGACAGUCUUUCCGCUGGUUUCAGUGACGAGAAGGUCCAGGGCUUUCUCCACCAAUUAGAACUCGCACUGAGGCACAAAACCGCAAACUUCGGCAUUGGGGUCAUGGAGAAGACUAUCUCCUCAUGGUUUAACGGUGUAAAUCCAAUGAAGGAGCUCGCAUGGAAUGAGGUCAUCGGUGAAUUCAAGAAGAGAUAUCAGCAGGGAGGUUACCUUGAGUCAUUGAUGCAGAAGUAUCUGAUGAACGAUCAAUGCCUAACAUUCACUAUGGUCGGUACGCCUACAUUCCACCAAGAACUAGACAAGCAGGAAAUGGUUCGGAAGGAGAAUAAGCUUAGUCAACUUGUUGAGCAACAUGGGUCUAUGGAGAAGGCCAUCUCUACUCUUAGGAAGGAGGAGCUGCAGUUGCUCAAGACACAAGAGGAAGCACAACAUGCUGACCUUGGAUGCUUGCCUUCUCUACGUGUUGAGGACAUUUCCCGGGAGAAAGAGCGCAAACCGGUGAGGGAUUCGAAGGUCGAUGACAUCGACGUCGUCUGGCGCGAGGCCCCUACCAAUGGAUUGACGUAUUUCCAAGCUCUGAAUGCUUUUGAUGACCUUCCGGAUGACCUCCGCUUGCUCAUGCCCCUGUUCAACGAUUGUGUCAUGCGACUGGGCACCGCCAGUAAGUCAAUGGAGCAGUGGGAGGAUUUGAUCAAAUUGAGGACGGGUGGAGUUUCUUCAUCCACAUUUCACACUUCGUCUUCCACUGAACUAGGCAAAUUCAAGGAGGGUCUCCAUUUUUCUGGUUUUGCUCUAGAUAAAAACGUCCCAGAAAUGUUAGAAAUCCUGACCACUCUUAUUACAGAGACGGACUUUACCAGUCCCUAUGCACCAGGUAUGAUUCAGGAGCUACUGCGACUAACCACGAAUGGGGCCCUGGAUACUGUUGCUGGGUCGGGACAUCGUUAUGCCCUAAAUGCUGCGGCUGCAAACCUUUCUCGGAGCUUUUGGGUACAGGAGCAGCAGUCUGGUCUCGCACAGCUACAGGCUACCGCUAAUCUUUUGCGCGAUGCCGAGACUUCACCUGAACGCCUGGCAGAGUUGAUCGAGAAGCUUCGUUUGAUCCAAUCUUUUGCUAUCUCUAAAUCAUGCAGCUUCCGUGUCCGCAUGGUUUGUGAGCCGAGUAGCGCACAUUGGAAUGAAACAGUUCUACAGAAAUGGCUAGCUGGCUUACCUCAAGUCCGCUCGCCUACAUCUGGGGUUACAGGGUCAGUGCAACAAGUUUCUCAUAAAGCCUUUUAUGAUAUGCCAUAUAAGGUUUACUACUCGGGGCUGGCUAUGCAGACAGUUCCGUUCGUUCAUAAAUCCAGUGCACCUCUCAGCGUACUUUCUCAACUUCUUACACAUAACUACCUUCACCCGGAAAUUCGGGAGAAGGGUGGUGCAUAUGGUGCCGCAGCCAGCAAUGGUCCGAUCAGGGGCAUUUUUGCAUUGACUAGCUACCGGGAUCCGAAUCCCCUCAAUACCCUGAAGGUGUUCCAGAACAGUGGCAUUUUCGCCCGUGAUCGAUCCUGGUCUGAUCGGGAAUUGAAUGAGGCCAAGCUCGGUAUCUUCCAAGGCCUUGACGCCCCGGUGAGCGUUGAUGAGGAAGGAUCCAGAUAUUUCAUGAGUGGCGUCACACAUGAAAUGGACCAGCGCUGGAGAGAGCAGCUUCUUGAUGUAACCGCGAAGGAUGUGAAUGAGGUUGCACAGAGUUUCUUGGUUGACAGCCCUCAACGCUCUGUGUGCCUAUUAGGCGAGAAGAAAGACUGGGUCGAAGGUUGGGAUGUACGGAAGCUUUCCAUGAACGCUGGUGAAGCUGAGGCGUAUCCUGAGGAUACCUCUGCUUCCGCCCGAGCGUAGGGAAGUAUCAAAGUAUUUAUGACCUUUUUAUUUGCAUGGGCGCAUGUAUCAUAUAUCCCUGUAUUUUUACGACGUUUGUGUGUUUAUGUGCAGGAAGUGCUGUAUAUAGACUAUUGCCUUGUAUUAUACCUCAUCCUCACUCGCCACUUUUCCCCCCCUCUCUCUUCAUGUUUCAUGUUGGUCAGUGCAUAUGUAUGUACUACAAUGCACAACUGAUACAUCACCAUGCACGCGCGUCUCCAGAGCAGAAACACCCCUCUCCAUUGCCGUUCUUCAUUCCCAUGAUCGGUAGAUGGCUGGUUUUCCUGUCCCCGGGAGGGCAGGAGAAGGAAACACCAAGCGCAAGAACAACCAGAAUGUGAACCUUUUACUGGUACACUUCUGAUCUCCGUUUUUCAGACCCUCCCUGAAAUAUUCAGCCUCCGCAGGGCGGACUAAAAACGCGAGAACAUAUGCGUAGUGAACAGCUCAAAGCAACUAGUAUUUGUCGGUGAUCUCUUUGAAGAUGAGCUGUAUGUUAUGGUGUUGAAACCUCAAUAAAAAUCAUAAAGUCCCGAUAGAGAAAAGAAAAGGCAAAGGAAAAGAAAAGGAAUUUGAUUAAUUGAUUGUAUAGCCGAGGUAACAGGAAAGAUCAUCUUUCUUGUGUCACAUAAGAGAAAGAUUAAUGUCAGUUAUCUCUUUCAGUUACUUGCCG